GGUCACUAAAAGAAGUUACGAGUAGGAUUCAUACACGCACACCUGAAUGUUAUUGUAUUGUACUAUCUAUACGAGUAUGUGACAAAACUACGUCCCUAAUUAAAAGUUAAAGUUUGAACAAUAUAUAUUUAACAUGGGUUGUGGUUGUGUUAUUCUAACAGCUAUUGCUGUUAUUUUCAUAUUAAAGUUUGUAAAUAAAAUAAAGCGGUUUUUCAAAAUACCUACUGUGCCGUAUUUAGAAGAAACCUGGUGGGGACCUAGAGACAAAUCAGAAGAAGAUACUUCAAUUCAGCCAUUCACUGUUAAAGUACCCGACGAGGUAAUAACAGAUCUUCAACAAAGGCUACAAAACGCGAGGUCACUAACUCCGCCUUUGGAAGGCAUUCAACAGCAAUACGGCAUCAACACAAACCUUCUAAAAAAAAUUGUUGAUUUUUGGCGCAAUGAAUACAACUGGAAAGAACGUGAAACCUUCCUCAACAAAUUCCCCCAAUUUACGGUCAGCGUUCAAGGAUUACGAAUACACUACAUCCACGUAAAACCCGAAAAAACCGACGGUUUAAAAGUUCUGCCCUUACUAAUGUUGCAUGGAUGGCCUGGAUCCGUUCGGGAAUUCUACGAAAUCAUUCCUCUUUUGACCAAACCGCAACCAGGUCGCAACUUUGUCUUCGAAGUUAUAGCACCAUCACUUCCCGGUUAUGGGUUUUCUGAAGCUGCAGUACGACCUGGUCUUGGGGCCGUCCAAGUGGCAGUGUUGUUCAAAAAUUUCAUGAAUAGACUUGGUUUCGAGAAAUAUUACAUUCAAGGAGGAGAUUGGGGGGCUGUUAUAAUACAGCAUAUGGCCACUUUAUUCCCUGAAAAAAUUCUGGGACUUCACUCAAAUAUGUGUUUUAUCAAUACGUUAAUGUCGAAUAUCAAACUGUUUUUGUUCAGUUUUUAUCCAACUUUGAUUGUGAAGCAGGAGCACGUCCACAAGGUGUAUCCCAUGUCGUCAAAAUUUGCACAAAGAUUGCUUGAAUCUGGUUAUAUGCAUUUACAGGCUACGAAACCUGAUACUGUGGGUGUGGCUCUUAAUGAUUCUCCAAUAGGCCUUGCCGCUUAUAUUUUGGAAAAAUUCAUAACAUGGACAAAUCCAGCUUGGAGGGACUUGGAAGAUGGUGGUUUAACCAAAAAAUAUACUUAUACUAAUUUGCUAGAUAACGUAAUGAUUUAUUGGGUUACCAAUUCGAUAACAACUUCUAUGAGAUUAUACGCGGAAACUUUGAACAAAAACCAGACCAAACUCGGAGUUGCAACUAUUCCGACCACAGUUCCAACAGCUUGUGCAAGAUUUACUUACGAUAUAUCAUACAGUCCAACUGCUCUUUUAAAAGAAAAAUACAAGAAUAUCGUGUAUGAAGCUGAUUAUGAUGCAGGUCAUUUUCCAGCUUUCGAAGAGCCAGAGCUGUUGGCUAAAGAUAUCUACCAAGGGAUUGAGAAAAUUGAAUUGUUCCACAAAAACAGUGAUCACUUGAAUUAGAAAAGAGUUUGAUGGUGAUGAAAAUAUUAUAUGGUUCUAAUAAUAAUAAUAAAUAUUGUUGUAUAAAGUUUUUAGUUCGUUGUACAGAAAAUACUUUUACUUCUUUUCGAUCUCAAAUUUGGAAAAUAAAUCAUUUUCAGUGUAA